CAGUAUACAAAUGGCUCUGUGAAAACAAUUUUGCGGAUAUUUUAAAUGACCCUUCAAGAGUUUUUAAUGGAGAUGAAACAUCUUUCUAUAUGCAUCCAAAAACGAAAGAAGUGCUUGCACAAAAGGGAUUUCGAAAUGUGUACGAAAUUGAAAAAGCGCCAGCGAAACAAAAUAUAACGGUAAUGAUUUCAUUUAGUGCGAAUGGCUUUAUGGUGCAUCCACAUGUGAUACUACCAGGACAAAGAAUACGAAAAGAAAUUAUUCAAGGAUUUCCUUCUGAAUGGGGUAUAGGGCAAAGUGAACGUGGCUGGAUGGACACGAAUAACUUUAGAGAUUAUAUAGAAAAAGUAUUUCAUCCCUGUCUCGUUAGAGAAGGUACAACAUUUCCUAUAUUAUUCGUCGAUGGCCAUGUAUCCCAUAAGUCUAUAGAAGUUGCAGAUGUUUGCCAAUCACUUGGAAUUAUGUUGAUUGCACUAUAUCCAAAUUCAACUCAUAUACUACAGCCAGCGGAUGUUGCAGUGUUUAAACCACCUUAAGAUGCUUGGAGAAUUUCAUUGGAAAAAUGGCGCUUUGAACAUCCUACUGAAAAUUUUACACUCAAUUCUUUUGGUCAAAUGUUGGAAACUGCUAUGAAAAAUGGAAUUAAAGCAAACAGUAUCGAAAGUGGGUUCCAAUGCGACGUCGUAUUCAUGAGGGAGGAAUCUGUAAAUGAAACUAUAAGUAAUACUCAAAAUAGUGAAAAUUUGCUACUUUCACAAGUUUUUGAUUUGCCAUCUACUCCUCACCGAAGCGUGAAACAUCGCAAUUUCAAAUUGCGUUAUUAUCCUGUGUUAACUGCAGGUGAAAGAUUACACGAGAUGAACAUGAAAGAAGAGGAAAAAGUUCGGCAGCAGGAGGAACGAAAAUUUAAAGCUGUGCAAUGCCAAAAAGCCAAAGAGCUACGAGAAGCUGAACAAAUAGCGAAAAAAGAAGCUCGAUUGAAGAGAAAAAACGAAAAAGAUUGAAAGAAACAGAGCAAUAAGCGCAAGAAAUUAUUAUAGGUAGCUAAUAGAAACAAGGUUAUUUAUGCUCCUUAAUGCCAUAAUUUUUUUAUUUGUUUGGUUAAAAAUAUAAUUCCUAAUCGUGCA